UAAACAGAGGGUGAAGAAAUGGCGGCUCCCGCUGCCUCUCCUUAUCCUAGUCCAUUCUCCACAGCGCGACGAGUUCAGAAACCCAGUACCACUUUUCUCGUUUGCGGCCCCGCCAUUCAUCUGAAGAACGCAGAGCUUCGAUUCCCAAGCAUCCGGUGUCGACACCCAGGAAUUGGGCGACAACGUUGCUCCUCGGCCUCGGCCUGCCUGCCUUCCUCGUCAUCACCUCCGAAAACUAGGCUUUUCGUAAGCGGUCUAUCUUUUCGCACCACUGAGGAAAGUCUGCGGAAUGCUUUCCAGAAUUUCGGCCAACUCGUAGAAGUCAAUCUCGUGAUGGACAAGAUUGCAAGAAGGCCUAGAGGGUUUGCCUUCCUUCGUUAUGCCACCGAAGAUGAAUCCCAGAAGGCAAUCGAGGGAAUGCACGGAAAGUUUCUGGAUGGCAGGGUGAUAUUCGUGGAAGUUGCCAAACCCAGAUCAGAGCUCCCCAAAGGUCCAACGCAGAACCGAUGAAGGCCCUUUGCGCACUAUGAUUUUUUGAACUCAGUACAGAAGGUGAGGGCAUAUCUAGCCUUGCCUCUCAAACUAUGUAACCUUCUCACACUUCAAUCAACAAGAACAAAAACAAGUCCUCUUGCUUAUUUGUCCGUUGGUACGCUAACAACUGCUCCAGAUUCUGCUGCAAACCAUUGUGCAAAAUGUUUAGCAAUCAACUGGAAGGGCAAAAUCAGAAAACUCGGAAUGCACGAAACUGGAAAGGAUUCUGAAAUCGUUCAGUCGGACAGCCUGGGAAGUCAGGGGGGAGGCUAAGAAUGUAACAAAAGGAGGCUGAGAGAAAAUAACACUCGGGAGUGACAGCAUACAACAAAAGAGCGUCCAAAAGGGAAGUCAUUUGAUGAACAAAAACCAACAGAUUAA